CCGAUGCGUUUUCGACUGAAGCAAUGACAGUGACGUAGGUGAAGGGAACAGGUUGCGUGUUGCAGCAACACCAAGAAGAAGGCACUAUGACAACGCUGAUAUUGGGCGCAGAGAUGCAGAUGGUGUCGACGAUUGCAUGUGCAAAUGGGACGUGAUAAGCACAAUCUUAAGUGCGCACAGCGCCAAUGAGCAAAACACACACAUACACACGCACACGCACGCUCAAUGUCAGGUUGCAGCCUUUUGCAUGCGCUGACCUUGCCACAUGCGCUUAAAGCCUGGUAAUUGUUCCUUUGAAUGUGGCAUUGGGUCAAGAGUGAAAAUAGGUUGAUAAGGGCAUCGCGAAAACACUAUAAAUUGGUUGAUACCGUUUGUAAGUUCAUCAGUUCAGCUCCAACUGUGCUUGCAUUAUAGUGUUGCAUUAUUUAAACAAUAAAUCCAAAAAACAUUCUUAACGACGUCAAAAUGGCAUUCAAAAUAAACUGCUAUUGCUUCAUUGCCCUGACUAUUGUUGCUGUUGUUGUAAAUGCAGCUGAAGAAAAGAGCGAUGAGUACGACGCCUACCCGAGCUACAGCUUCAAUUAUGAUGUGCAGGACGCGGUAACUGGCGACAUUAAGUCCCAGUCGGAGCAGCGCGAUGGUGAUGUGGUCAGAGGACAAUACUCGCUUCAAGAGGCCGACGGCUAUCAACGCACUGUCGAAUACACCGCCGAUGCUGUGAAUGGUUUCAAAGCCACUGUACGCCGCGAACUGUUGAGCGAGCCUGCCAAACUCUUGGCUCCAGUGACUUUAGCACCGCAGAUUUUGUCACAACCCAAAAUUGAAAAUGCUCAGCCACAACCCGCCAGCCCUGUCAGCCUACCCAACCUACCAGUCCCAAUUGCUCCGAAGUAUGAACAGUUGGCACAGAAAUCCUACGUUGCACCGGUUGUAUCUCCUGCAUACUACCGCGCAUAUGCUGCACCUACUCUGCUUCAUCACGCACCAGCCACCCACGCAGUCAUACACCACGCUCCAGCUGCCGCUGUGCAUUUGUCGCCAGCCACUCAUUUUGUCCAUGCGGCUCCAGCUGCUACCACCUUGCUGAAGACUUCGCCCGCUGUUAUCACACAUCACGCUAUUCAUGCAGAGGCUCAUCCAGCCGUGGUCAAGACAUCUUUUACAGCUCCGCAUGUUUCAUAUGUUUACUAAAAUGUAGUAUUCGACUGAAAAUGGCAGA